GGAUUUACAUUAUAACCCAAUGGACGAUGAAGUGGAUAAUUGCAAUGUAAAUCACUCUAUCAUUGAACAAAGUCACUCAUUAUCUCGGAUACGAUCAACUUUACUUUGUGAUAGCCCACAGAGUAAACAGACUAGCAAAUCUCAAACCCAUUCGAAAAAUUGCUCCAAAUCUUCCGAUUCGUUAUUACCAGAUUUCAGUGUUCCACCCAAUCGAAUUCCUACUUCAUAUGUCUAUUCUUCAGAUAAUACAGAACGUGGAUUAUGCGUUGUCUUCUCAGUUGAUAAAUUUGACCCCAUUCUCUGUUUACCUCCGAGAAAUGGUUCUUUGGUGGACAUACAACAUAUCAAGAAAGCUUUUCAGAGUCUUGAUUUCAAAGUUAUGGUGCAUUCAAACCCGACAACAGAAACUUUGUGCUCUACAAUUCAAGCAAUUUCUAUGCAAAACCUCAGUAACCACGAUUGCUUCGCCUGUGUUAUUCUUUCUCAUGGUGAUGAAGGCGACUUGAUUUAUGCAAGAGAUGGUUCUAUACCCUUGGAUCGUAUCAUAGCCCCGUUUCGGGGGGAUCAGUGUUCGGAUUUAAGAGGCAAGCCAAAAUUGUUCUUUAUCCAGGCUUGUCGUGGAAUGGGACUUGACGAUGGUGUAUUCGUUUGUGAUGGUCCUUUGUCAAGAGGCAAGUCUGAAAAUCCUCCUUCAAGUGCACUACGAAGAAUCCCAGUCGAAGCAGAUCUUUUUAUUGCUUAUGCAGUACAACCAGGUUACUAUGCAUUUCGAAAUUCAGUCAAUGGCUCUUGGUUCAUUCGUGCCUUAUCUGAUGCCUUGUUACGCUAUGGAAACACUUUGGAUUUACUAAGCAUCAUGACACGUGUUAAUUAUGAAGUUGCUUAUGAAUAUGAAUCAACAGCGGCUAAUCCUGCAUUUUCUGGCAAAAAGCAAAUGCCGUCGUUUGUAUCUACUUUGACUAAGCAGGUUAUUUUCCCACCAAAACACAGAAAACCUCAUUAA